GUUCAGUUCUGUUGCGUGUGUUUUGGUUGAUCACCGAAGUAGACGUCAGUGCUAUGUAUUUAUGUUGGAGUUAUUAGAAAUAUAUAUCAAUAAUUUAAUACUUUGUAGGCGUAUUUCAGGAGCAAUCAAAAAAUGCCUCUUAAAUUAGAUGUGAGACGAAAGCUUUUAGCUCGUUCAGAUAGAGUCAAAUGUGUGGAUCUUCAUCCAUCAGAGCCAUGGAUGCUUGCAAGUUUAUAUAAUGGAAAUGUACAUGUUUGGAACCAUGAGUCACAACUUCUUGUCAAAUCGUUUGAAGUUUGUGAUUUACCUGUCCGUGCUGCCAAGUUUGUUCCAAGAAAGAAUUGGAUUAUUACAGGCUCUGAUGAUAUGCAAAUCAGAGUUUUUAACUAUAACACCCUAGAAAGAGUUCACAUACUUGAAGCUCAUUCAGAUUACAUCAGAUCAAUUGCCAUUCAUCCCACACAGCCCUUCAUUUUAACAUCAAGUGAUGAUAUGCUGAUCAAAUUGUGGAAUUGGGAUAAACAGUGGAGUUGUACCCAAGUGUUUGAAGGUCAUACUCAUUACAUCAUGCAAAUUGUUAUAAAUCCAAAGGACAACAACACAUUUGCAAGUGCAUCUUUAGAUCGAACUGUAAAAGUGUGGCAACUUGGAUCAAGUGCUCCAAAUUUUACAUUGGAAGGACAUGAAAAAGGUGUCAACUGUGUUGAUUAUUAUCAUGGUGGAGAUAAACCUUAUUUAAUUUCUGGUGCUGAUGACCGAAUGGUGAAAAUUUGGGACUAUCAAAAUAAAACUUGUAUUCAGACACUAGAAGGUCAUGCCCAAAAUAUAUCUGCUGUAACUUUCCAUCCAGAAUUACCUGUUAUAAUGACUGGAUCAGAAGAUGGUACUGUUCGUAUAUGGCAUGCAAAUACAUAUCGCUUGGAAAGCACUCUAAAUUAUAACUUGGAAAGAGUUUGGACUAUAGCAUGUUUAAAAGGUUCCAACAGUGUAGCUUUGGGUUAUGAUGAAGGCAGCAUUAUCAUAAAAUUGGGAAGAGAAGAGCCUGCAAUGUCAAUGGAUAGUUCAGGAAAAAUCAUCUGGGCUAAACAUUCUGAACUCCAACAAGCAAACUUAAAGGCAAUGACUGAUGCUGAUAUAAAGGAUGGGGAAAGACUUCCUUUAGUUGUUAAAGAUAUGGGAAGUUGUGAAAUCUAUCCACAGACAAUCUCACAUAAUCCAAAUGGAAGGUUUGUAGUUGUUUGUGGAGAUGGAGAAUAUAUUAUAUAUACUGCUAUGGCUUUAAGGAACAAAAGUUUUGGUAGUGCUCAGGAAUUUGUGUGGGCUUUAGAUUCAUCAGAGUAUGCAGUCCGAGAAAGUGCAACUUCAGUUAAAAUAUUUAAAAAUUUUAAAGAGAAAAAAGUUUUUAAACCUGAAUAUGGAGCCGAAGCAAUAUUUGGAGGCCACAUGCUAGGAGUAAAAUCAAUUAGUGGUUUAGCUUUCUAUGAUUGGGAAUCAUUGGAACUGGUUCGCAGAAUUGAAAUUCAACCAAAACAUGUUUUCUGGUCCGAAAGUGGUGAGCUGGUCAGCAUUGCAACUGAUGAAUAUUUUUAUAUUUUGAAAUAUAAUGCUGAGGCAGUAAGCAAAGCAAAACAUUUCAAAACAGAAGUUCCAGAAGAUGGUAUUGAAGAAGCAUUUGAUGUUCUUGGUAUGCAUCUGGAAUGUGUUAAAACUGGAUUGUGGAUUGGCGAUUGUUUCAUAUACACAAAUUCUGUUAAUAGGCUGAAUUAUUAUGUUGGUGGUGAAAUAGUUACCAUAUCUCAUCUUGACAGGGUGAUGUAUUUACUCGGGUACAUUCCAAAAGACAGCAGAUUAUAUCUUGGAGACAAGGAAUUGAAUGUUGUUUCUUAUUCUCUUCUGCUUCCUGUUCUGGAGUACCAGACAGCAGUUAUGCGCCGAGAUUUUGAAACUGCUCACAAUGUUCUGCCCUCAAUUCCUUGGGAGCAACGUACACGUGUUGCUCACUUUUUAGAAAAACAAGGGUUCAAAUCUCAAGCUUUAGUGGUUUCUACGGAUCCAGAUCAUAAAUUUGAACUUUCUCUUCAACUUGGAAAUUUGAAAGUUGCAUAUGGUUUGGCAAAAGAAGCAAUGUCUGAACAGAAAUGGAAGCAGCUUGCAGAACUUGCCAUGGCAAAAUGUGAAUUCCAAUUGGCCGAAGAAUGCUUACAUUACGCUAAAGAUUAUGGAGGGUUGCUUUUGCUUGCUACAUCAUCUGGAAAUGCGAGUAUGGUGGAAAAACUGGGUCAAAGUUCUGAGUUAGGUGGCAUCAAUAAUGUUGCAUUCAUAUCAUAUUUUUUACUUGGAAAGAAAGAAAAGGCUUUAAAUAUGUUAAUACAAACUAACCGGCUACCAGAAGCUGCUUUUUUUGCACGCACCUAUUUGCCAAGUCAAGUUUCAAGGGUUGUUAAAUUAUGGAAGAAAAGUUUGAAAAAAGUGAAUGAAAAAGCUUCUACUGCCCUAGCUGAUCCUGAUGAGUAUGAGAAUCUUUUCCCAGCUCUGAAUGAAGCAGUAAAAGCAGAACAAUUUUUAAAACAAAGUCAAGUUCGACAACCUGCAUCAAGCUAUCCAUCAACAACGUCUAACUAUGAAAGGAAUCCUGUUGAGGAAAUGAAAGAAGCUGAAGCAUCUGGUAAAUUUGUAUAUAUUGCUGAAGAUGAUGCUACAGGAAGUCUUCAUUCACUGUCAGAAAGUGGAGGAGAUGCAUUUUCGGAACAGUUCAUAUCUGCAUAUAAAGGCUCUGAAAGUAUAGCAGUUGAGCAACAAUAUUCUCAAGUAAUCAAGCCUGAAGCUGUGGUUUAUACAAAAGAAUCUGCUCCUACAGAAUCAGCCAAAGAAGAAUCAUUUGCGGAGUUAAGUAUUGAUGAAAAUGAAAUGGAGUUGGAACUUGAUAUAAAAAAUCUUAUUCUGGAUGAAACUAUUGAAAAUGAAAUAAAUAUUGAUGAAGACUUACUCAGUGAAGAUUAAAUACAUUUUGUGCAAAUUUUUAAAUCUGUUAUUUUUCUUAUAAAUGAUGAUUCUGCCAUCAAGAAUGAACAUCAAUUUGAAUCUUCUUGGAAGCAGUUUGACAAGUAUACAACUUGGAACUGUCUUGAACACCCAUUCUUCAUUUUUCACUUUUCACAUACAAAUGAAAUAGAACUUUAGAAAAAUGAAAUUAAUAUUUAUGUGUUGUUUUUUAAAUCAUAGUUUUUAUGUGUAAGUAUGUAAACAUUACGUUUCUGAGGUGGAAAAAUAAAGUCUAUUGCUAUUUAUA